AUGACAACUUAUGGAACAAUCCCGACAGAAUCAUUGGCGUCUUCGACCCUCCCUAUUUUUAUACGUGCGAAACAACAUAUCCAUUCAACCUUUAGCACCAGAAGACCAUGGAAGGAGAUGAUACCUCCUCAUUCUUUAAACACCCCCACCUCAUUUGGUAACUUCCUCGAUAGAGCCAGAACAAAUGCAGCUAUUUUUCGCAUGAAUUAUGCCAUUAUCGUGCUGUUCAUCCUAUUUGUUAGCUUGCUUUGGCAUCCCAUUUCCCUGAUCGCUUAUAUUCUUAUGAUCGUUGCAUGGUUGUUCCUAUAUUUCUUACGCGAUGACCCAUUAACAGUUCUGGGGUACAUGGUUGAUGAUUGUUUGGUGCUGAUAGGUUUGUCGCUGGCAACAUUUGCUGUUCUUUUUCUAACAAAUGUAACCAAUAAUAUUAUCGGUGGACUCUCUAUAGGGAUGGUUGUGAUUUUGGUUCAUGGUAUAUUGAGAAAUCCUGAUGAUCUCUUCUUUGUAGAUGAUGAUGAUCAACAAGGUAGAUCCACUGCAUUGUUCAAUAGUGAACAUAUUAAAUCUCAUGCUGCCUCUUCAUCUUUUUAUUCCUCCUAG